AUGGGGCUCUUCACGCCUCCGCGCACCGUCGCUCUUGCCCCUAUCCACCCUCCCGUAGCCGUCUUCCCGGCAUUCAUCUCCCACGGCCCCGUGACCCUUGUGCUGCGCGAGCAGAUCUUCUCCCUCACCGGUGACGACUUCAGCGUGAAGGACGCCGCGACAGGCCACACGAUUGUGCGGUGCAAGGGCAAGAUCAUCAGCUUCCGGGAGCGAAAAAAUGUGACGGACGCAGCGGGCCACCUGCUUUUCAGCAUGCGCGACAAGCUCAUCGCGCUGAUGAGCACGUUCGUGGCCGAGGAUGCAAACGGGCACGAGGUGUUUCGCGUCAAGCGCAACAUUGCGCUGGGGACAAAGAUGACAGCGACGUUCCGUAAUGCUGUGACGGGGCAGAACUGCGAGCUGAGCAUCCGCGGGGACAUGUUCGGGUUGGGCACGACGAUCACGCUUAAUGGCAACAUCCCCGUCGCGCAGAUCAGCCGCAAGCUUUUGCACCUGCGCGAAUGGAUUGCGGACAAGCAGACAUACUAUGUCACCGUGGCACCAGGCGUCGACCUCGCGCUCAUCGCGGCGAUUUGCAUCGCGUUCGAUGAGGUCAAGAACGAGAAGGACUGA